GUCUUUAUCACACAUGUGCUAAGAUGUCAGAGGGAAUCUGUGAACUUGACGGGAAUGUUAUUGACACAAACAUUGAUUACCCCACAUAUGGCAAUGAAGAAGAUGACAAGCCCAAACAAGUGCAGUGUCAGUGGUGGAAAAGACCUUCUGGUAUUGCUGCAGUGAGUCUGGGACUGCUGUGUGUUCUGCUUCUGGUUAGGAUCAUAGGACUGUCUGUCCACUAUGGAGCCAUUGGGCAUCAAUACUUCACAGAAAGAGACAAUCUACAGACUAACUACAACAACCUGACAAAAGAGAGAGACCAGCUACAGUUUAGUUACAAAAACAUGACCGAAGAGAGAAACCAGCUACAGAGUGAAAGAGACAAACUACAGCGUGAGAGAUACGAACUACAGAGUGAGAGAGACAAACUACCGAGUGAGAGAGACAAACUAAAGAGUGAGAGAGACAAACUACAGAGUGAGAGAGACAGCUUUUUACAUGUGUUUGGCAAAAGCAACUAUUAUGUUUCCAUGGAAAGAAAUAACUGGGAAUAUGCCAACCAGGACUGUCUGAAGAGAGGGGCAAAGCUAGUCAUCAUAAACAACCAAAAGGAACAGAAAUUUCUAAUAUCAUUAAACAUACAUACUUGGAUUGGUCUGACUGACAGUGAGGCUGAGGGGACCUGGAGAUGGGUGGAUGGCACACCUCUGACUACAGCGUACUGGGGAGAAAAAGAGCCAAAUAGUGGUGGUGAUAAAAACAAAGAUGAGGACUGUGCAGGGAUAAAUAAUUUUUGGUAUAGUGAUCCUGUUAAGAAAUGGAAUGACUUUACAUGUAACACACAACUUAACUGGAUUUGUGAAAAAGUCAAUUAUUAAAAAUACUUUGUUAUCUACUAUACAAUCAGAAUGCAUUAAGACAGUACACAAAUAAUAAACAAUAUGCCAUUUAGCAAAAAUGUGUAUCCAAAUUGACUUACAGCCAUGGAGAGCAGGGGUUGAUUUUAAUGUUCAGUACUGAUCUGAAUUUUGCCUUUAAAAUAAUAUCAAAUGCAUUGCAAAAUUGUAGGAUUUAUUGAUUAGAGAAAUCAGGCUUGACUGGUUGACUGUUCUAUUAUAAAUGUCAUUUGCAAAAGUUAUUAUUGUGAUUCUGCUUGUCUCACAUCCAACAAGUCUUAGUUGCACACAAUCUGCACAAAAGUAUUAAACAUGUUGUCCUGUGUGUAUUGAGAAAUAUCCAUUGCAGGUAGAUACCUUAAAACAAUUUUGUCACAGUUCCAUGUUUCUGACAACCACAUUGAAGAGGAACCUGUCAUU